AUGCUAAGUGCAAAGUCAGUUUUCCGCAACUCGGCGAACCCAGUUCGCCAGUUUGCGCGUAUGAACUCUAACAAAGUGCAAGGCCAAGUGAUUGGUAUCGAUUUGGGUACCACCAACUCUGCCGUGGCUAUCAUGGAGGGUAAAGUGCCCAAAAUCAUCGAGAACGCGGAAGGUGCCAGAACCACCCCAUCCGUGGUGGCGUUCACCAAGGACGGUGAGCGUUUGGUUGGUAUCCCAGCCAAGCGUCAAGCCGUGGUGAACCCAGAAAACACUCUGUUUGCUACCAAGCGUUUGAUCGGUCGUCGUUUCGAAGACAUCGAAGUUCAGAGAGACAUCAAACAGGUGCCUUACAAGAUCGUCAAGCACACCAACGGAGACGCAUGGCUGGAGGCCAGAGGCGAAACCUACUCGCCUUCCCAGAUCGGUGGUUUCGUCCUCAACAAGAUGAAGGAGACCGCCGAGGCCUACUUGGGCAAAAACGUCAAGAACGCCGUCGUCACUGUCCCAGCCUACUUCAACGACUCCCAGAGACAGGCCACUAAGGACGCCGGUCAAAUCGUGGGUCUUAACGUGUUGCGUGUGGUUAACGAACCUACCGCUGCUGCUUUGGCCUACGGUUUGGAAAAAUCCGACUCCAAGGUGGUCGCCGUCUUCGACUUGGGUGGUGGUACUUUCGAUAUCUCCAUCUUGGACAUCGACAACGGUGUUUUCGAAGUCAAGUCCACCAACGGUGACACCCAUUUGGGUGGUGAAGAUUUCGACAUUUUGAUGCUAAGAGAAAUUGUCCAAAACUUCAAGAAGGAAAGCGGUAUCAAUUUGGAAAACGACCGUAUGGCCAUCCAAAGAAUCAGAGAAGCCGCCGAAAAGGCCAAGAUCGAGUUGUCCUCCACCGUUUCCACAGAGGUCAACCUACCUUUCAUCACCGCCGACGCUUCGGGUCCUAAGCACAUUAACAUGAAGUUCACCAGAGCUCAAUUCGAAUCUCUAACUGAGCCAUUGAUCAAGAGAACCGUCGACCCAGUCAAGAAGGCCUUGAAGGACGCUUCUUUGAGUACUUCUGAUGUUUCGGACGUUAUCCUAGUUGGUGGUAUGUCUAGAAUGCCAAAGGUUGUUGAGACUGUCAAGUCCCUUUUCAACAAGGAGCCUUCCAAGGCUGUCAACCCAGAUGAAGCCGUUGCUAUCGGUGCCGCCAUCCAAGGUGCCGUUUUGGCCGGUGAAGUCACUGACGUUCUAUUGCUAGACGUUACUCCAUUGUCUUUGGGUAUUGAGACUUUGGGUGGUGUUUUCACCAGAUUGAUCCCAAGAAACACCACUAUUCCAACCAAGAAAUCUCAAAUCUUCUCUACCGCUGCUGCUGGUCAAACCUCGGUGGAAAUCAGAGUAUUCCAAGGUGAAAGAGAAUUGGUUAGAGACAACAAAUUGAUUGGUAACUUCACUUUGUCUGGUAUCCCACCAGCUCCAAAGGGUGUUCCUCAAAUCGAGGUGUCUUUCGACCUAGACGCUGAUGGAAUCAUCAACGUCUCUGCCAGAGACAAGGCUUCCAACAAGGAUGCCUCCAUCACCGUUGCUGGUUCUUCCGGUCUUUCCGAAUCCGAAAUCGAACAGAUGGUUAACGAUGCCGAGAAGUACAGAGAGCAAGACGAGACCAGAAAGAAGGCCAUUGAGACCGCCAACAAGGCUGACCAACUUGCCAACGACACCGAGUCUUCCUUGAAGGAAUUCGAAGCCAAGGUCGACAAGGCUGAAGCCCAAAAGGUCAAGGACCAAAUCACCGCUCUAAGAGAGGUUGUUGCCAGAGUACAGGCUGGUGAAGAAGUCGAUGCUGAGGACUUGAAGACCAAGACUGAGGAGUUGCAAACCGCUUCUAUGAAGUUGUUCGAGCAAAUGUACAAGAACGAUGCCUCCAACAACUCCAACCCAGAGGGUGGUGAGCCCAAGCAGUAA